AUGGCCUCUCCUGCCGCAGCGGCACUUGGGAACCUGGACAGCAAGAUCGGAGCGACGUAUUUGGGGAUUAUAUUCGCCGCCAUCUUCUAUGGGAUUACCUCCAUCCAGGCAUUCCUGUACUUCCAGCGGCCAAAAGAGCAGUCGGAUGGCUGGAAGUAUGCCGUGCUGGUCGGCGGUCUAUGGAUUCUGGACACAAUACACCUGGCGUUCGUAUGCGAUGCUGGCUACCACUAUCUCAUCGACAACUACGCCAACCCGGUGGCGCUGGCGACAGCUAACUGGAGCAUAACUGCCCAGAUCCUCAUCAGCUCGAUCAGCAACUUCAUCAUCCGGAGCGUCUACGGCUACCGCGUAUGGAGCUUCGUCCGCCGGAGACUAAUGGUGGGCUUGCCCGUCACGCUCCUUAUUGCGGCAACCACCUUGGUCUCUUUUGACCUCCGCAACAGCCGCGGGUAUUGGUUCCAAAUCCCUGAAUUCUCGCGCUUCGAUGAGUUCUCGUACUUCAUGUACACCGCUCUGGGCGCUGGUGUCGGCGUCGAUGCGAUGAUCGCCUUGGCGCUCUCCUUGUCAUUGUCACAAAGCAGGACAGGGUUCAAGCGUACGGACUCCCUCGUGAACAUCCUCAUGGCAUACACCAUCAACACCAGUUUGUUGACAAGUCUAUGCUCGAUCGCUUGCUUCACCACUUACACCAUCUGGCCACACGAGAUGACGUAUAUCGGCAUCUACUUCACGCUCAGCAAGCUGUACAUGAACAGCUUGCUCGCGACGUUCAACGGACGCAGCGCCAUUCGGGACAAGAUCAACAACUCGUACGGGUUGUCCAACAUGUCUGGCAACCGCGGCCAAAACAGCUCAUCCAACGGACACGUCGUGCUGAACGUCAACAAAGAAGUAGAGACCGUCAUCCGGGUAGAGCAGGACCACAUGACGAUGGCGCGCGCCGAUUACAGUGCCUCGGAUGUGAAGCACGAGUUUGGUCCGUUCUAA